AUGAAGUACGCCAAUCUCCUCCUGGCCGCCCUUGCGGCGCCGAUCCAGGCUGCCUUCACAUGGAAGAAUGCCCGUAUCGGCGGCGGCGGCGGUUUCGUCCCCUCCAUCGUCUUCCACCCCAAGACCAAGGGCGUCGCCUACGCUAGGACUGAUAUUGGUGGUUUGUACCGCCUGAACGCCGACGACUCGUGGACCCCCGUCACGGAUGCCAACAACUUUGCGGAUGAUUCCCACUGGAACCGGUGGGGUGUCGAUGCCCUCGCUUUGGACCCCCAAGACCCUAACAAGGUCUUUAUCGUACUGGGCAUGUACACCAACAGCUGGGACCCGAACAAUGGUCAAGUCGCCCGCAGCUCUGACAAGGGAGCGACGUGGACUUUUGCCGACCUUCCCUUCAAGGUUGGUGGCAACAUGCCCAACAGAGGAACUGGAGAGCGUCUUGCCGUGGACCCCAAGAACUCCAACAUCCUCUACCUUGGCGCCCGAAGCGGUAACGGUCUCUGGAAGAGCACCAACGGAGGUGCUAGCUUCUCCAAAGUCUCUUCAUUCACUGGCGUCGGCACUUACCGCCCUGGCCCUGCCAGCGAUGAAUACAAUGGUGACAUCCAGGGCCUCACUUUCGUCACCUUUGACGAGACCUCUCCUGUUGUGAACGGUGCUACCUCUCGGAUAUUCGUCGGAACUGCCGACAACAUCACUGCCUCUGUCUAUGUCUCCAACGACGCCGGUGCUACCUGGAGCCCCGUCGCCGGGCAACCUGGCCGAUACUUCCCUCACAAGGGCAGGAUCCAACCUACUGAGAAGGCCCUCUACAUCAGCUAUUCCGACGGUACCGGUCCCUACGACGGCAGCUCUGGCGCUGUCUGGCGCUACGAUAUUACUGCUGGAACCUGGAAAGACAUCACCCCUGUUGCGCCUGGCCCCGAUCUGUACUUUGGCUUCGGUGGAUUGAGUGUUGACAUCCAGAAGCCUGGUACUCUCAUCGUUGCUACUCUCAACAGCUGGUGGCCCGAUGCCCAACUCUUUAGGUCCACUGAUUCCGGCACAACCUGGAAGAAGAUUUGGCAAUGGGGAGCCAACUCUGAGAUGGUGUUGGGUUACACCCAAAGCACACCCAAGGCCCCUUGGAUCAAGGCCAACUUCCUCGAUGUCGACACCAAGGAUCUCGGAUGGAUGAUUGAGUCCCUCGAGAUUGACCCUACCGACUCUAACCACUGGCUCUACGGAACCGGCCUCACCAUCUUCGGAGGCCGUGACCUUACCAACUGGGACACCGGCGCCAAGGUCACAAUCCAGUCCCUGGCAGACGGUAUCGAGGAGAUGUCCAUCCAAGACCUCGCCAGUGCGCCCGGUGGUUCUGAGCUUCUUGUCGCCAACUACGACAACAACGGUUUCACUUUCAAGACUCGCAGCAGCCUCGACACCUCGCCCGCAACGACCUGGAACAACCCCAUGUGGGCCAGCAGUGUUGGCGUUGAUUACGCUGGUAACAAGGUUGCCAACGUAGUCCGCGUCGGCAACACCGCAGGCACUCAGCAACUCGCCAUCAGCUCCGACGGCGGCGCGUCCUGGAACAUCAACUACGCCGCCGGCACCACCCAAUACGGCGGCCACGUCGCCUACUCCGCUGACGCCGACACCAUCCUCUGGUCGACGGCCACCCUCGGCGUCCAGCGCUCCCAGCACCAGGGUUCGCUGACUGUCGUUUCCAGCAUCCCCGCCGGUGCCGUCGUUGCCAGUGACAAGCGCAACAACACCGUCUUCUACGGUGGAUCCGGCUCCAGCUUCUACCGCUCCACCAACACCGGCUCCUCCUUCUCCACCGCCGGAUCUCUUCCUGGUGCCUCCGAGAUCCGCCACGUCGAGGCCCACCCAACCAAGGCCGGCGACGUCUGGGUUUCCACCAACGCAGGCAUCUUCCACAGCACUGACUAUGGCUCCUCCUUCACUCUGGUUUCCACAACUCUCACUAACACAAACAAGGUCGCUCUCGGCAAGGGCUCAGGCAGCAACUGGAACCUCUACGCCUUCGGUACCGGACCCGCCGGCAGACGCCUCUACGGCAGCUCGGACCUCGGCGCCUCCUGGGUGGACCUCCAGGGCUCCCAAAGCUUCGGCGCCAUUGACAGCGUCAAGCUCGCCGGAUCCGCCAACGAGGAGAACCUCGUUCACGUCGGCACCAACGGCCGCGGCGUCUUUUACGCAUCCGGAUCGAUUCCUUCUUCCGGUGGUGGUGGUGGGUCGACCUCUGCAACUCCGACAUCGACUAACAGGCCGUCAAGCAGCAGCGCAGUCUCGACUGUGAGGACAACAAGCACCUCUACCCUGGCGACUUCAACUGUCCGGACCAGCUCCGCCCCAGUUCCCUCGGCGACGAACCUUGCGAAGCAGUAUGAGCAGUGCGGAGGCCAGAACUGGACCGGACCCAAGCAGUGUGUCGCGCCGUAUACCUGCAUCAAGGCGAACGACUUUUACUCCCAGUGCUUGUAA